CAACUCAGCAGAGGAAAUCUAUAUUCACCACAAAAAGCCGAAAGUCACCCGUUUUUACUACAUAAAAAUGAGCUCAUUUGGCAAAUUUGAGAUUUUUAAAAUUGUAUUAAAUCUUUUAUUGUCAUUUGUUUACGAGCAUAAAGGUUGCCCGGAAUCAUUUCGAGCGGCACAAGGGAUUAAUGGCUGAAGUCAAUGAAGGGAUCUCAUCUCAUUGUUUACAUUUCAAAACGGUGUGUUUCUUGCGUUAGAAAAAUUGACAUCGAUACAGGAUAAUAUAUUAGCCUAAAACAAUGCUAUGUAUCUUUGAAUGUAUGUAAAAUUUACCUUAUAGUUGGCAAGUCGCAAACUAGCUCUUGAGAGCUAACAGUCGCUGCUUCACCCUCCACUGUGUCGUUAUUUGCUUCAAAGAUGCCAAGUUAGCCCUCUUGUUCUUUUGCCUUCCUCAUGUUUGGAUGUCACAGACAGCCAAAUGAUUGAAAUAGUAUAGCGACAGGUGAGGCUGAAGGCCAAACAACAUCUUGCCAUCUUCAGACUCAGGGUGCACAAUGUUUAGUGUCCCUCAAAGCUCCAAGUCCGAGUUCCUGGACAAAGCCAGGCAGGCUAGAGAAGAAAGAAAGGGACAGAAAGAGAAGGAGAAAUCAGCAAUCCUCAUUCAAGCUCUGAUCCGGAGAUUCCUCUGUCGCUGCAGGCUCCAGAAGCAAAUAAGGAAGGAAGUUGACGACUAUUUUCAAACCUCUGAAACUGGCACAACAAAAAGAAAUGCACUUUCAAUUUUAAAAAUAGCUCGGAAACUACUAUUUAUUUAUGGCCAAGAGGAUAAGAUGCGAUUUGAAAAACUCUGCCGCGCUAUUCUGGCCAGCAUGGAGGUGGAAAACGAACCUAAAGUGUGGUAUGUUUCAAUGGCUCUCUCCAAAGACCUCACUAUUCCCUGGCUAAAACAGAUCAAAGAUGUUUUGUGGACGUGCUGUCAACUUUUGAAAAAUCUAAAGCCUGACAUCCUCCAAGACAACAAGCUGGUUACAUUGUACCUCACCAUGCUGGUGACCUUCACUGACACGUCAACAUGGCGGAUUGUCAGAGGGAAGGGUGAAGCCCUCAGACCAGCUUUGACAAAGAUAUGUGAGAACAUCAUGGGCCAUCUCAACCAAAAGGGAUUCUAUUCGAUGCUGCAGAUCUUGCUGUCUAAUGGCUUGGCUCGCUCUAAACCAUCUCUCUCCAAAGGCACCCUGACAGCCAUCUUUACUUUGUCAAUGAGGCCGGUCGUUGCUGCUCACUUCUCUGAAAACCUGCUGAGAUCAUUCCUCAUCCACAUCAUGUCCGUUCCUGCCAUCGUUUACCACCUUAAUGUGUUAACCCCAGAGUGCAUGGCGUCCAUUCAGAGUCAUGGCCUGCUGCGAAAGUUCAUUUUGUUUCUCAGUCGGGAAGAACAGUGCCUGGACAUUUGUGUUUGUCUUGAGGGCAGCCACACGCUCUGCUUGCUUGGAAACCUGAUUUAUCUGGGCUACCUUAACGAGAAAGUCGUGGAAGAGGAGGCUAAUCAUUUUGUGAAGGACCUGACUGACAUGCUGUCGUAUUGCCAGAGAUAUGUUUCACAAAAGAAGUCCAACUUAACCCACUGGCACCCCGUCCUGGGCUGGUUCUCUCAAACUGUAGACUACGGUCUAAAUGAGUCGAUGCCGCUGGUCACCAAGCAGCUCCAGUACCUCUGGGGCGUGUCUGUAAUCCGAACGCUCUUCAGUGAUGUCCUCUCUAAGAAGCUGGAGAGCCAGGAGGCCACUCCCCCUCCUCCUCAACCGAGCACGUCACAGAACAACCUGCCAGUUAAAAAUCUAUUCAAGAGAGCGUUUCAGAAGUCGGCUUCUGUACGAAACAUUCUGAAACCGGUCGGAGGGAAGCGAGUCGACUCAGCUGAAGUUCAGAAAGUGUGCAGCAUCUGUGUGCUCUACCAAACAGCACUUUCCACUCUGACACAAAUACGCCUCCAGAUACUCACUGGUCUGACGCACCUUGAUGAUCUUUUACCCAAACUGUGGGCCUUCAUCUGUGAGCUUGGUCCUCAGGGGGGCCUCAAGCUCUUCAUGGAGUGUCUGAACAACGACACAGAGGAGUCCAAACAGCUGCUGGCCAUGCUCAUGCUGUUCUGUGACUGCUCACGUCACCUCAUAACAAUUCUGGAUGAUAUUGAAGUUUAUGAAGAACAAACCUCUUUCAAGCUGGAGGAGCUUCUCACCAUCUCCUCUUUUCUAAACACAUUUGUGUACAAGAUGAUCUGGGACGGCAUCUUAGAAAAUGCAAAAGGAGAGAAACUGGAGCUGUUCCACAGUGUUCACGGAUGGCUGAUGGUGCUUUAUGAGCGGGACUGCCGGCGUAGAUUCACUCCUGACGAUCACUGGCUACGGAAGGAUCUGAAGCCCAGUUUGUUGUUCCAAGAGCUGGAAAAAGGCAAGAGAAGAGCCCAGCUUUUACUGCAGUACAUCCCUCAUGUCAUCCCACAUAAAAAUAGGGUGCUGCUGUUCAGGAACAUCGUCACAAAGGAAAAAGAGAGUUUAGGGUUGGUAGAGACGAGCUCCGCCUCGCCACACGUCACCCACAUCACCAUUCGCCGGUCGAGAAUGCUCGAGGAUGGGUACGACCAGCUCCGCAGGUUACCUGUGAAUUCCAUAAAAGGUGUCAUUCGUGUGAAGUUUGUAAACGACCUGGGAGUGGACGAGGCUGGAAUCGAUCAAGACGGUGUUUUCAAGGAGUUUCUAGAGGAGAUCAUUAAGAAAGUUUUCAAUCCUGCUCUUAAUUUGUUCAAGACGACGAGUGGAAACGAAAGGUUGUAUCCAUCACCUACUUCCUACAUCCACGAGAAUCACUUGCAGCUGUUUGAGUUUGUAGGGAAGAUGCUCGGAAAAGCGGUUUAUGAGGGCAUCGUCGUGGACGUCCCGUUUGCCUCCUUCUUCCUCAGUCAAGUCUUGGGACAUCACCAUAGCACCUUCUACAGCUCCAUUGAUGAGCUUCCCUCUCUGGACUCAGAGUUUUACAAAAACCUCACCUCCAUCAAGCGUUAUGAUGGAGAUGUGGGCGAUCUGGGACUGACUUUGUCCUAUGACGAAGAUGUAAUGGGGCAGCUUGUCUGUCAUGAGUUGAUUCCUGGGGGGAAAACCAUGCCGGUCACCAAUGAAAACAAGAUCAGCUACAUCCACCUGAUGGCGCACUUCCGGAUGCACACACAGAUUAAAGAGCAAACGGCUGCUUUCAUCCGGGGCUUCCGGAGCAUCAUUAAUCCCGAGUGGCUGCACAUGUUUUCCACACCUGAGGUUCAGCGGCUUAUCUCAGGGGAUAACGCCGAGAUCGAUCUAGACGAUCUCAAGAAACACACCGUCUACUAUGGCGGUUUCCACAGCAGCCAUCGGGUCAUCAUCUGGCUGUGGGACAUCCUGUCUAGUGACUUUAACGCUGAAGAGAGGGCUAUGUUCCUUAAAUUUGUGACCAGCUGUUCAAGACCGCCGCUUCUAGGUUUUGCUUACCUCAAACCACCUUUCUCCAUCCGAUGUGUGGAAGUUUCAGAUGAUCAGGACACUGGAGACACUCUUGGCAGCGUCCUCAGGGGCUUCUUCACAAUCCGGAAGAAGGAGCCUGGUGGUCGACUUCCUACUUCGUCCACGUGCUUCAACCUCCUCAAGCUGCCCAACUACAGCAAGAAGAGCAUCCUGCGUGACAAACUGCGCUACGCUAUCAGUAUGAACACCGGCUUCGAGCUCUCCUAACUGCUGCGAUGGGACAAUCUUCAACAGAAAGCUUGUGUGAACAAAGCGAGAGGCUCAGCUCACCUGGACAGCAGCCUUUCACUUUAAAGGGCCACCGGCUUGAACAAAAAGGGGGGGUUUAAAAAGACAUGUAGAGUCUGAUGUUGCUCCUUUUCCCUCCUAUUAAACCUGGAUGGGCUCUGAUGGCGAGGAGUGGACUCCACUGCUCCUGUUGCACAGCAAAUUUUUUAACACUUCCUGUCUUUCCUAAAGGAAAAGAUCUGUUUCUCGGGCCUAACAGAGUCUUGAGUGUAAACCCCACUGUUUUAGCAGAACUGGAGAGCAAUACAGAUGAAGUGCAAGCCAUUAGACAGAUGAUUGAUUCACCUGAGUUUACCUGUACGGUUCGAUGUCAUCAUCAUGGAAACUUUUGGGCAUUUUUUUUAGGAAUGUUUUAAAGUUUUUCUGAAAAAAAAAGGAAAGUUAGUUCAUGUUAAGAACCUGAAUCAAAAUCAAAAUUUUUGUUUUUGCAGUGAGUUCAUCAGAAUAUUCAGAUUUUUAUGUUUUCUCUACAGUUGAGAUAAAAUCGCCUGUUGUGUUGAAGCAGAAAUGGCUUUUUUCCAGAGAAUCCGACCAUACUGUUUGAUAUAAAAGAAGAUGUCUUCUCAUCAUUUACCUUUAAGGAAAAACAAAAACACCAUGAACUGGAAUUGUUUUGUCGAUAUUUGUAUCUGCAGAGUGGAGCAGACGCAGCUGUCCCACGUGGUCUGUGCUCAACAUCCACUGCAACAACACCCACUACGUUUGUGUAUUUUCUACCUGGACACCAUUCUCACUACAUGUCGGACUUUUGCAGAGUGCCUCAUGUUCCACCGUCACCCCUCUCCGUGACCCUAUUUCAGCUCCAACCAAGAAUAACAAAUAUUGGAACAAAGCCAUAGAAAUCAGGGCUGUGGUCCUGGACGUCUUCUCUCACAGGACAGAGCGGUAACUCAACCGCUCUACCACAACCGCCAGAGAGGGCUUGGCGUUAACUCACAAAAAUCUCUGUGGACUUUUGAAGCAAUGCGGGAAAGAUUUUGAGGCCUGAAAACUUUUUGAAAUGAUGUCACGGACACGAACCUUCAACCAAAUACAACAGCUGGAUCAGACGGUGUUCCCUAGGAAGUGUGCACUUGUUUUAGUGGCUCGAUGCUCUUUGAUGGGAGUGGGGGUGGGGCAGUUAAGAAUGUGACUGUGACCUUAUCAACGUAAACUUUUACACAGGGUUCAUUCAAACUGAAAAGGAGUUACGUUAAUCUCAGAAAGGACUGCAACUUUUGCUCAGAGAGAAUGUUCAAAUCUUUAUCGAGUUCUUUAUUAUGCAAAAAGACUUUUCUGUCAUGAAUGAGUAUGUUGUUAGUGACUAUAUGGACACUAACUUAUCUGGAAACUUAUAAAGGUUUAUAAUUAAAAAACAAGUAUAUGAAGAAACGUUACUUCCUGUCUACUAAUAAGAUGUUCAGAUCAGAGGCUCAUACGUCAGUUUAGUACCGUUUUUAAUUUUUAUGAAUUGGAAAUGCUGCAAAAAGUUUUUUAGACACACAACUGUGUGUGUGUGUGUGUGUGUGAGAGAGAGAGAGAGUGAUGAACAAUACCUCUAAUGCGCAUUUUGAUUCUUCUGAUAAACUAUGUCAGGAAUGAGCUGGACUUUAUUGUUUUAGUGGACUGCUAACACUAGCUUUCACCAUCCAAUCCCUUUUAGUAAAAAUCACAACAAAACUUUCUGAAAAGGUUCCCACCCUCUUGUGAAAAUGUAAUCUCAUCUCUCUGAAACUGGAUGCACAAGAAUGUUAAAUGUGCUUGUUUUUAACAAAAGGAUUCUCGUGUUAUAUUUGUCUACACGUAUGAUAGUUUUUCAUCCUGUCAUGUUAAAUCCAGUGUUAUAUAAACCAUUUAAACCAUUAAAGGAGACAUGUUAUAUGUUUUUUCCUUAA